GGCAGCCUUCCGGGAAGGUUCUGCAGGUGGUGAAUUUUACCUCAGAGUUAGGUGGAGUCGAGAGUCUGUGUUGUUCCGCACUGGUUGUGGAGUCAGUUCAGGGCCAUUUCUCCUGGGUUAGGGUGGUAGAUAAGACACUCAGUAAUAUGAAUCCGUUGGGGCUUUAGUUUUCCUGCUACUACCUCCACCAUAACCCCUUGGGAUAUUCUAGUGUGUAAGGAACUCGGAAGUUGAAGCUAGAGGCGCGCACCUCACUAAGGGGUUUUACUUCAUGGGAAAUGGAACCUGAUAUGCUGGAUUUAAACUUGGGAUGUCGAAGACCAAACGCCUCCUCCCGUAGACCGAGGAAAGAAGACGUCCUCUGAGGAGAACUGAUCUGGCAAGAGGCAGUCUGUCGGGAAUCCUCUAAACACAUAUUUACGAAAGUCUGCUUGAACCUCUGGGUGCCUCAUGCACUGCCCCUUGAGGCAUAAUAGGAGCAGCUCCCAUCGUCAGGGACUGCUUUUCUCCUCACUGUGCUUUAUAUCACUUAAUAUAUGUUCUUCGCUUUAGGCCUCAAAACAACUGUGUGAGAUCAUCCACAGAUAUUUAGUACUCCCCGUAACAGGUAAAAUUAGGUUUUUUUUCUUCAGGGAACUUACAGCUUAGUGAGAAUGAUACUUUGUUAGCCCCUUUUUCCAGAUGAGGAAACUAUGCUUUCAGGGCAUUGAAUAAUUAGUCCAAAAUCAUAACAGCCAGCGAAAAAACGGAACCUGGGGCUCCAACUCCAGACCAUUCGAUGCCAGUGGCUGCCACUUUGCCGCCUUGAGGAUCUGCAUCCCUAAGGAGACGGCACUGCUUCCUCAGUAAUCUUUAGCUACUGAUAUCUGUACAUACCAAGGUUUCUCAAUAGCAGCACAGUUGACAUUUUGGGCCAGAUACAGAAGCCAAGUUAUGGAGCCCACAAAAAAUAGUGAGAAAUCCAGAAACAGACUAUGGGAAUCUUCACUCAGCCAUUCUUGAUGCUCAGCAUCACCCCAGAUCUCCAGCUGCCUAAUAAACCGGGACUCCUUGAGCAAAUCACUGAUUGACACGCUGGGACAGGAGGUACAAGAUGAGCCUGGAACAUCUUUUAUGCUAUAAAGAAGAGAGCAAAGCUUCACUGGAAUAUCUUUCAUGGGAGAAAUACCUCUGAUGUCUGGAAAGCUCCUUGGCUGGUGAAGAAAAUGAAAACAUGAACUCCAGAAUACUUUCAGGACAGCUUUCAGAUCCAAUAGGAUGACUAUAUAGUAAAAAGCUCCCCAAGCCCUCAGUGCCUAGAUGAUUUUUGCCUGGUACAUUCUGCUGAUUGGAGUUUUGGAAUCACAGUUUCUUAUUUGGGUGCAAAAUUUUCCUAAAUAUUUAAGCACCUAAAUUAUUGUAAAAGCAGCUGGCCACUGCCCUUGCCUUGUAACGGGUAACUGAGAUGAUACCAGAGAAGAGAAGACUGCAAGUCUGUACCCGAAUGCCGACCUCUGUUGAGAUACGUGUAGGAAAGAAAGAACUUUUUGGAGGGGCAGCAAUGUUGCAAUGAGCCGACAACACAGAUGAUAUGAAGAGCAAGUUCACGGAAUAAUGAAAGCAUACGCUGGAAGCAUGAAAUCACAAAUCUCCCAACUGAGCUGAACCCUGAGAAUGAGAUCGUUCCUUUGGUCAAACUGCUCUGAAAGUAAAGGAAAAAACUGACUCGCAUUGAAGGCUUCCCAAGAUGGAUGUCACCCGCCUGUUCCUGGCUAGCCUGAUAGUCUGCCUGUGCUUCCUCGCUGCCUCCGGCCACCUGGCACCUGAGGAGAAGGCCAGAGAUGACAGGAGCCUGAGGAGCAACUCCUCCAUGAACCUGCUGGAUUCCCCUUCCGUCUCUAUUGUGGCGCUAAACAAGAAAUCCAAAAUGAUCAGCAGAAAAGAGGCGGAAAAGAAGAAGAGAUCUUCUGAGAAAAAGGUUUCGAUGAAGAAGGUGGCGCGGCCCCGGCCCCCGCCGCCCUCCCCUUGCGUGGCCACCCGCUACAGCUGCAAGCCACCAGCGCCCGCCUGCUGUGAUCCGUGCGCUUUCUGCAAGUGCCGCUUCUUCAGCAGCGUCUGCUCCUGCCGCGUGCUGAACCUCAACUGCUGAGCGCGCCCGUCUCCCUGCCGCCUGCGGGGCGGGGAGAGGCUUCCAGGGACCUCGGGAACCCUCUAGGAUGACGAUCCCUAGUAGGUGUGGCUUUUAGGACUGACUGCGCGGGCACAGCUUUCAGGAGGCGGGACUUCAAGGAGACUUGGCUUGGGUUGGGCUAAAAUCCAAAUAGUAUAUACAUAGGCAGCUUGAAGGUGUGUGGCUGUGUUUUUAAAGGACCUGAAAGGUCCGUUUUCCUUCGCGGAGACCACUUCACAGUGGAAGUCCCGUGUGCUGCGCACACGCUAUCUCCGGGGCUUGGGGAAACCCGAUUAGGCCGUACCCCUGUUAAGCGUUUCUCCGGAUCCGACAAUUGGAGACAACACUGACCUCUGCCUUUAAAUCUGGGAACACCCGACGACGCCUCCAAAUGCAGGGAAUGCAGACUGGCCAGACAGAAAGGAAGCAUGAAGGAACUGCCAUUCAGUCCUUCCCCCUUUCCCCCUUAUAAGGAGCUCCUCCUAACCCUCCCCCGGGGGGGGGGGGUUAACCCCAAACAAACAAAAACAAGAAAGGCUACAACUCUAUACACAAUCUCAUUGGACUGUCUGUCCUGGGGGGAUCUGCAGAUAAAAACGGGAGGCUGGUUGUGAUUCGGCAAUGCCAUGUGUCCCUACUGCCAGAAGGCUCUGGCCUGAGGAUCCUAGAGCCUUAGGAGGCUCCCAAAGCUGCCACUUGUGCCCACUCCUCCCUCCCAGGGAUUCCCAGAGGUGCUUGUGCCUGGGAGGAGCUUCUCCUGCUCCCAAGCUAAAGGAACAUUGACCAUUGGUCCCCAGGCGUUUUAAAAUCUGACAGCCCAGAGUCUAGGCUCCCAAGUAAGAAGUAGGAGUUCAGGAAGCCUUCCUCACUUCCCACCCCAGCUGUCAGCCAGUAACCAGGCAGUGGGCCUGGGCUUGGUGAUCUGAAAAUAAAGGAAACCUCACUAAAAUGGAGUCGGGAAGCCAGAAGGGGGAGCUCAGAAAGAAUUGCCAAUUACAGACCCCAAUAAGAACCCUCACAGGAACGAAGCAUCAAUUUUGGGCCCCAAUAGGAAAAGACACACAUUACACCUCCUACAAGAAAUCAACUACCCCUGUAACUCAACCAAUGAGAAACCAUCAUCUCCCUGAAAUCUUUUCUCCAAUGGACUUUUGUUCAAAACCGCUCCCAGCUUCCUCUUUCUCGGUAUAAUCGCUUCCUUUGUUUGUUGGACUUGCCUAUGGCUUUUGUUAUAGCUUGCUUGUCCAGAAUUGCAAUUCUUUGCUGUUCCAGAAUAAAGCCAUUUUUGCUGGUAAAAUAACUUUUACCUUUAAGGUCAACAGUGAGCAGACAGCAACCUUUGUCCUGGAUGAGCAGGGCCUGUCACCUAAAAUGUCUCAAGCUGUUGCCUGAAAUUCCAUUCUUAGAGGUUCUCCUGUGAGAAACUGAGUGUAGCAUAUCUUUAGAAGGGCCCUGAAGGGGGAGCAUCUGGGAUACUGCUUUGGGGAGAGGGGACAGAGGUGGGCUUAGGGUCUGUGAGGAAGGACCAGCCAGGGUCCGGGAUCAACACAGAAACUCCGAGCCCCUUGAGGGACAAGGGCUGCAAAUGAUAUCUAUUUGUAUUGCUUUGGCUGGAGGCAUCCCUGAGAGUAGGGAGAAAAGCCAAGAUGCCUGCCAUCUGUCAGUGCCCGCCAGCAGCUGGAGUUCUUCCUCAAGGAACCACUAAAAGAAACAGGAAGUUGCAAGCAACGGUGGCAUAAGAUGAUUUUUAAAAGUGCUGUGCACAAGACUCUAGAGGCUGAGACAGAAAAAUGUGGAGCAGUUGCCUCAGCCCUGAUAACUGCCAUGUAUCUGUCCUUGGAACUUCAGGACGGUGGGGCUCAAGGGCCAGCACAGGUGAGGCCACCUCCCCUGGCCCCUUUGUACAGUUGCAAUCUUCCAAUUUUCAAAUUCCAUAAAAAACUCCCUCCUUUCCAAGUAUCUUUUCCCAACUGGAGAUCUAGGUUGUGCCUGCAGUGACAUAACCAGUCUGCAAUUGAGGAGGCAAACCUGAGACCCUGAACUGGAUAGAGUUCCUACCACCUGGGUAGAGCAGAAGAAAAAAGAUGGGUGCUCCAGGCUAGGCUGGCAACACGAAUCUACACCCUGGGGAGGUCUGUACUCUCGGCUUCCUUUUACUUGUCUAUAAAAUGGGAAGCUCCUGCUGUUAUUCCGGCUGUUCUUGUUAUAAAUCUGAGAUAGUGAUGCUUCUCGUACUUUUAUAAAACAAAUAGAAAGAGAGCGCUGUCAAUUGCUUGUUUUGUUUACUGUCAUUUAGGGUGCAAGGCCACAGGACAAGAACCUUUUGUACCUUGUACCACAACUGCUGCUGAAUAAAUGUCAUCAUUAAUGAGAUAUUGGGAACAUACUGCAGCCACUGCUUCUGUGUUUUCCAGACAUUGCUCACCAACCAGGCACCAUUUGGUCCCCAAGGGUGAGACCAGGUAUGCAAAGCUACGACCCAGUCCAUUAGUGACAAAACCACUUGGCUGCUGGGUCCAGACAAAUACAUGCAAGACCAACCCUUGCAUUCAUUCAGCAGAUGUAUAUGAGCACCGACUAUGUGCCAGCUGCUGUGAAUACUGUGGUGAACAAGUCCAAUAUGGAGCCUCUCCUUAUAGAACUUAAUGGUCCAGUUGGCAUGACCACUGGCCCUUGUUACAGGAUAGAACCACUGUUAGCAAUGGCUCCCUUUUGUGGGAAACAAAUCCAGCCAUGGUCAGGCUAGACAGUACAGGACCCUUGGCCAAUUCCUUCUUUCCCCAUGAAGCUUUGAUGGCAGAGCCCAGACAUUAGGAGUCGGGACUGGGGCUUAGGAGACACAUCGUCUUUCAUUGUGGGUGCCUGGUCAGUGUCACACAUGUGACAGAUUAGCAGACCCGAGAUCAGAGGUAAGGCUGAUAUGAAAAGAGAGGGUGUUUUGUUUUGUUUUUAAAAAGAAAAG